AUGGCAUUGUUAAGUGCAGUUUGUGAAUCCUGGAACAAAUUGAGUUUAAUUGAUUAUAUUAAUAAUUGUUAUAAAUACUGCAAAUCUGACGAACCAAAUCAACAAUUUAUUGUUAUACUGCUGUGUAGUUCACAUUUUCAACACAUGAUAUCUACAUGUGUUAAAUCCAUCACAAAGAGCAAAAAAAUGCAUGACUUUAUUUUGGACUGUACCGCAUUAUUGAUCAUAAGUACAAAUAUGAAUUCAAUAAGGACUACUAUCCGAUUAAUGUUUAAUAUUCUCCUAAAUCGGAAAAGAACUUUGUGCUGUGCUCACAGUAUGAAUGCGUUAAGUAAUCAGUGUCAUUCGGUUAAAGCAAAAGAACCAACAAGCAAUGAUGACGUUUCUGAUGACGAAGCAAAGUUUAUCUAUGGCAGCAGCAGCAACUUUAAAGAGAAAAGUAUGUUAAAUGUUUUAUAUUGA